GGUGACCACUCCUCCCGGCAGGCAGGGUCCCCUUGGGUGGCAGCCACAGCCCAGCUCCAGCCAAGCAGUGUUUCUCCAGGAGCCGGACAGCCACUCUGUCUCCAUGGCAGCCUUCCUGUCUGCUGGCUUCGGCAUACUUGCACCCUCAGAGACCCACCCACUACCCACAACCAGCUCUGGCUGGGAGCCUCGGCUGGGGUCGCCAUUCCCAUCAGGCCCUUGCACCAGCUCUACUGGGGCCCAAGCUGUGGCCGAGCCCAAUGGGCAGGGCCCCAAGAACCCACGUGUGUCCAGUGUGACGGUUCAGUUGGAGAUGAAGCCUCUGUGGGAGGAAUUCAACCAGCUGGGCACCGAGAUGAUCGUCACCAAGGCAGGCAGGAGGAUGUUCCCUCCCUUCCAGGUGAAGAUCCUGGGCAUGGACUCCCUGGCCGACUACGCCCUGCUCAUGGACUUCAUCCCCCUGGACGACAAGAGAUACAGGUAUGCCUUCCACAGCUCGGCCUGGCUGGUGGCGGGCAAGGCAGACCCAGCCACACCCGGCCGCGUGCACUUCCACCCUGACUCGCCGGCCAAGGGCGCCCAGUGGAUGCGCCAGAUCGUGUCCUUCGACAAGCUCAAGCUGACCAACAACCUGCUGGAUGACAAUGGCCACAUCAUUCUCAACUCCAUGCACCGCUACCAGCCCCGUUUCCACGUGGUCUUCGUGGACCCACGCAAGGACAGUGAGCGCUACGCCCAGGAGAACUUCAAAUCUUUCAUCUUCACGGAGACCCAGUUCACAGCCGUGACGGCCUAUCAGAACCACAGGAUCACCCAGCUGAAAAUCGCCAGCAACCCUUUUGCCAAGGGCUUUAGAGAGAGUGACCUGGACUCCUGGCCUGUGGCCCCACAGCCCCUGCUCAGUGUCCCAGCCCGGAGUCACAGCAGCCUCAGUCCCUGUUUGCUGAAGGGCGCCACAGAGAGGAAGAAAGACCCCAACAAAGCUUCAGCUUCUACCUCCAGGACCCCUGCUCGGCUCCAUCAUCAGUUGCUGCCCCCACCUGAGGCCCUGCUGGCCCCAGCCACCUACAGGCCUGUCACCUAUCAGAGCCUGUACUCUGGAGCCUCAAGCCACCUAGGGAUCCCAAGGACCCGACCAGCACCAUACCCCCUCCCCAACAUCCGGGCUGAUAGGGAUCAAGGAGGCCUGCCUCUCCCAGCUGGGCUGGGGCUCCUGUCCCCCACUGUGGUGUGCCUGGGGCCUGGCCAGGACUCCCAGUGAUGGCAGAAGCCUGUGGGGAAGCCCUGCUACCCUGGACCUUACGCCUGGUGUCGGAAUCAGCCUCUGCCCCACCCCGUCCAGCCCCACCUUUGUCUUAAGGACAGCAGAGUAGGUGAAAGUCUAGAGAAAGAGACUACCCGCCCAGGGUCACAGCAAGGCUGGGACCAUGGCAAGCUUGGAACCAGGCCUUCUACCUCCCAACCCCAGCAGCCUGAAUACUGUGCCCUCUGGCUUUGGGGGUAACUCCCGAAAACCCUGCCUUACCUCCCUCUUCUCCCAAACAUUAAACUAUUUGGCAUGA